AUGACAUUCGUGGUUGUGUACAUAGAUGAUGUUAUCAUCAAAGGAACUCAUUUGGAAGAAAUCAAUAGUUUGAAGAAGUUCCUACACGAAACCUUUAGAAUAAAGGAUCUGGGGAAACUAUGCUAUUUUCAUGGAUUGGAGAUCCUCUACAAAGGGGAUACAGUUUUGAUCACACAGAAAAAGUUCACUACAGAUCUUCUGAAAGAGUUUGAUUGUUUGGGAUACUCUGUUGUGGCCUCACCUCUUGAUUCAUCAGCAAAACUAAAAGCAAAUGAAAGCACAUUGCUCCCAGAUCCUAGCUAUUAUAGGAAAUUGAUUGGGAAGUUGAACUUUCUUGUAGGAAUCGGGCCUGACAUAGCUUAUACUGUUCAACACUUGAGCUAA